GUUUACCUACAAAACGCCGGACAGCGUUCAUUACGGUAAGGUUAUAUCUUUCGACCUGUCCAUUAGCAGACGGCCGAUAUGGUGUGGUAUGAGUUUUCUUAAUGCGAAGCACCUUACAUAGCUCCGAGAACAAAUUACUUUCGAAAUUGGCGCCCUGGUCCGAAUGUAGCUGUAAGGGCAUCCCAAAACGUCAGAAGAACUCACGAACUAACACUUCGGCGGUAACUUGCGCCGUUUGUGAAGGGACAGGGUAGGCUUCUACCCACUUAGUAAACUGGUUCACUACCAUUAAGGUAUAAAGGUUUCCCUGAUUAGACUGGGGGAAAGGGCCUGCGAAAUCUAUAUGCACCCUUUCCAUGGGGGCACCAGCACGGAAAUUCACCUGCUGGAAACGUCCUCUACGCCCACCUUUCUUGUUACGAUUGCAGCUUUCGCAACCCUGUACAUAACGUUCAACUUCGGCAGUCAUACCGUGCCAAUAGAAACGUUGCUUAAGGCGAAGCUUGGUGCGCUUUACACCCUGGUGCCCUGCUGAUGGAAGGUCAUGGUAAGUUCGCACGGCAAUAUCAAUAAGGCUUCAGGGUAGAAGCAGUCGUUCGCCCUCCCUAUGUUUAUCUUUAAUGAAGGCAAGGCCAUCCCGAAGACAGAUCAUGCCCUUGCUUAGCCAAUAAUGCUUGGCAGCAGGACUUAAUGAAAAUAAUUCGGCCUCAGAUGGCGAUAUUCCAUCUUUUAUCAAGACUAGGGUAGGGAUAAGAUCUACGUCUUCCGCUUGAGCGUCUCUAAUCUCCCUAGGUGCAAACCCCCAGCAGGUUUGUUCUGAUUGGCGAGUAGACGCCUUAUUUACUUUGAGGAUAGGUGUAUCAGGUAAGGUCCGGGAGUGAGGUACAGACGUGAAAGGGACCACAUCGUCCACAUCCUUCAUGAACGACGCCCACUGUUCAUGCGCCCUUGUACAGUAGCUACACCCCCCACAAGGCAACUCCUCCAAACGAGCCCCAUACUUAUAAUGAUUGUCCCCCCUCCGGUGCCCGCGACAACGCAUCGGCAUUCACAUGCCGUUUCCCCGGGCGGUGCUUCACCACCAUGACAUACUGACUUAGCUCUUCCAUCCACCGAGCUAAUUGACCUUGAGGUUCUUUAAACCUAAGCAACCAGGUGAGACUAUUAUGGUCGGUUCGAACUGUAAAUAGUUUGCCUAGUAAGUAAUGUCUAAACUGGCAUGUAAACUUAACGAUCGCCAGUAGUUCCUUUCUAGUUGUACAAUAUCGUCGCUGUUCCGACGACAGCGCUAAACUGGCGUACGCAAUUACGCGUUCCUCGCCAUUGCGAACUUGGAGUAAUUCACCCCUAUGGCUAAAUCAGACCAUAGAGCAAAGAAACAGAAGGAGAUGCAACAAGCUUAGAUCAAAGGUUCAGAGUCUUUUGCCGCGAUCGCAAUUAAUCUUGCUGUUACGUAAUAUACUUGACAGUAGAUAAGCUAAAAUCCACAAUCGCGCAUGCGCCGGGAGCUCAACAACAGACGGCGGCUGCGCGAAGAUUAAAACCAUUGAUGCAUACGAUCAUAAACAACGAGCAAAGCUAAAGUUAAAGAAACACGAAAAAAGCUAAGAAGCACGCUUGACGUGGUGAUAAAUUAUUGAAAUUAAUUAAAUUAGUAACAAUUACCAUAGAUAUAAUCACUUAUCAGCUAUGGAUAAUGAGGAUUUUAGUGAUUUUCCCGACGAUGAAUUUGAUGUAAACGAUCUACCACCAGUCGAUUUUGAAGAAGACGAUGUAGGCCUAGGUCUAGAAAAUGUACGCCAGCAAUACUGUGUUUGCAGCCGGGGACUACAGAUAUGAUUCUCUGCAACAACAAGCCUUGCAAAAUUCAGUGGUUUCAUCGUAAUUGCAUUGAGAUGAAAGUACUUGAAGCAGAUUGGAUAUGUAGUCGUUGUAACCCAGAAAUCGGGAAAGAUAUUUCAAGUACAACAUACAAAAAGGAUAAGGCCAAAGAAAUACCAGCCAAAAGUAAACGUAAAAAAGCGGUUGAAAGACCAACUGUUAAGUUUACAAAAGAUGAUGCAAUCGGCAACGGUCAACCAAAGGAAUAUUUGCUUUCGGCAUUACGGAAGGUAAAGGAGCAUCCCGUAUAUACAGCACCAUACCCAACAUCAAUACAAGUUUUAGAUCUUGCCACCAAGCUGCUCCAACAUGCAGAUUCCACACAGUUUACAGACUUUGCAUUAGAUAUUGUAACAGACUUUUGGGACAUUGUGACAGCUGGGGACAGUAAAAAAAUAAAACCAGAGGCAAAUGAAAUGGUCUGUCGUGUUUUUCACCAGUACACACUGUCUGGUGGUGUCAAAUGGAAGAAAUUGAUGGAGUCAUUAGACUUGGAUACAGAAGGCCAGCAUGUUGGGACAUUAAAUCACUUUGUAAUGAGAACUCUGCUAAGUUUAAUUCUGACAGAUCGCCAUGACAAGGACAUGCCAAAGCCCAAGGUGCAGGAACCCAAACCUCUGGACCAAAACGAAGAACAAGUUGUUCGUUAUGUUGCGGGUUAUGUGCCCUAUGCACUCUUGAAGAAAUUUAAAAGAUUUUCCAAUUCAACUGCAAAAACAUAUUGCAAGUUCUUGUCAGCAUGGAAGGUUAAUGGUUCUGACACGACCCACUCAUUUUUGGACUAUUCCAAACUUUGGAUAGCUAAGCAAAGUAGGGGUGGAUUAUUUAAUGUUACUGAUGAUGUUUAUUUAUUUUUUAGAACUUUAGAAAAUGAAAACAGAAAAUACCUGACAAUCAGUAGAUUUAAUUCAAUGCCAAAUGCCAAUGUUAAGGACAUUAUUAUGAACACAGUACUAGAAAAUCCAACAGUACACAAGUACUGGUGUAACCUAACAAGAAAUAAAAUUGUUGGUGAUGCAUCUAAACAUUUACUCGAUAUAGUAAUUAGGUUGUGGAUUAAAAUCAGGAUGCAUGCAUUUUUAAAGGUUUAUCUAGACUUAAAGAAGGCAAACAGUAAUGAGAUUUCAAGAAAGUCUGAAAAAGCACUGCGAAAAGACUUGUAAACAUAGAGCAAAGAAACAGU